UGGGGGCGGGGCGGUGGCGGUGUCUGGUGCGAGGCGUAGGGAUGCAGCGCCCCGGGCCCUUCAGCACCCUCUACGGGCGGGUCCUGGCCCCGCUUCCCGGGCGGGCCGGGGGCGCGGCCUCUGGUGGAGGCGGGAACCGCUGGGGCGUCCCGGGUUCGCACGUGCAGCCUCCUGGGUGUGCUCAGUCUGGCACCUGCGGAGGCCCGGGCGGCGCCAGCACCUGCGGCAGGGACGCCACCAUCGCCUACCCGGCUCCCUCCACGAUGUCCAAGGCGGAGGAGGCCAAGAAGCUGGCGGGCCGCGCCGCCGUGGAGAACCACGUGAAAAAUAACCAAGUGCUGGGAAUUGGAAGUGGUUCUACAAUUGUCCAUGCUGUGCAGCGAAUAGCUGAAAGGGUGCAACAAGAGAAGCUAAACCUCGUCUGUAUUCCCACUUCCUUCCAGGCCCGGCAGCUCAUCCUGCAGUACGGCCUCACUCUCAGUGACCUGGACCGAUGUCCAGAGAUUGACGUCGCCAUUGAUGGUGCUGAUGAAGUGGAUGCUGAUCUCAAUCUCAUCAAGGGAGGAGGAGGCUGCCUGACCCAGGAGAAAAUUGUGGCUGGCUAUGCCCGUUGCUUCAUUGUGAUUGCUGACUUCAGGAAAGAUUCAAAGAACCUUGGGGAUCAGUGGCACAAGGGAAUUCCCAUUGAGGUCAUCCCCAUGGCUUAUGUCCCAGUGAGCCGAGCUGUGACUCAGAAGUUUGGGGGUGUGAUUGAACUUCGAAUGGCUGUCAACAAAGCAGGUCCUGUGGUAACAGAUAAUGGGAAUUUUAUCCUGGACUGGAAGUUUGACCGGGUACACAAAUGGAGUGAAGUAAACACAACCAUCAAAAUGAUCCCAGGCGUGGUGGACACGGGCCUCUUCAUCAACAUGGCCGAGAGAGUCUACUUCGGGAUGCAGGACGGCUCCGUGAACAUGAGAGAGAAACCUUUCUGCUGACCUGCAGUGCGCUGUGCCCACCUGGAGCCCCCGCCUGCAGGAGCCUGUGCCUUAAUGUGUCUGUGCCAGGUGGACAGUGAGCAGCGAGGGCUCGGGGGCAAAAAACCCAAUCUUACAAAGUAUUGUUAUUAAAUGUCUUUUUAAAAAGAGAAAUAUAAACAUAUAUAUUUUUACUAUUAAAAAAAUACUCUUUUUUUUAAAAAAAAAAUAAAGUAGAACUUGAUUUCAUGUUUUAUAUGAAACAUUUACCAAAAAAUUAAAAAAAGAAGGGGACUGUCUUUUAGAUUUUUAACUUGAGCUCGCUGGUUAAGCUUCUGAAUAUUGGGGUUUGCUGAGAAAUGUCAAAUCAAACUUUUCUUUGAACUGGUGAAAUGAAGAGCCCAGCCAGCAGUGAUUCCUUGAUGCCUUACUGGAAACAUUAAAAUUUGUUUACUUUUCUACCACACUCUGUUCUGUUGUUUGGUUCUCUUUCUGAUCACGCACAAUACCUAGUUGCAGAUUUUAAGAUGAGGUUUACAAAAGUCUGGCGAGGGGAGCACUGUGUUGUGUAUGACUCCUAGUGUAAACUGUCAUCGAGAUGUGAUUGCUCCAGGCGGUUCAUUCAGACUCCGGUUGUUGGAAGCAGGGCUCCAAAAAUAAAGACUUGCCAGUACUGCCAAAGUGCUGCUGUGAAAUGUGAAAUAUCUUUCUGUGAUUGUCUUUCUGUUGUUUGUAUUUUGUCCCUUUACUGUUGCUUGCAUGGUUUGGCAUCAGAAGUUGUCUCCUCUUUAUAAAGUGUUUGAGGAUUGAAAUAAAACAGUAUGGUGCCAUUUGA